AUGGACGUUUUGAUAAACAAUGUCUGCAUAAUUGCUAUGGGUGGUUUAAAAAACUCAACCAUGGAAGACUACGACAAAAUUAUGUCAACAAACAUGAGAUCUGUUUACUAUUUAACAAUGCUCUCCACUCCGCACUUAAUAGAAAGUAAAGGUUGUGUGGUGAAUGUGUCCAGCAUAGCUAGUAGUGUGCCCAGUACGAUGGCAAUAGCAUACAACGUAUCUAAAGCGGCAAUUGAUCAUUUUAGAAAGUGCGCAGCGUUGGAGUUAGGCCCUGAUGGCGUCAGAGUCAACUCUGUAAACCCAGGCUUCGUGAAAACUAAUUUUUGUUAA